AUGGGAAGUGCCAGUUCUGUCUGUGGAGAGCUCUUGGAGCAGAUGGGCUGGAAGGAUCCGCCCUUGGGUAAUGAUUUUCAUCAUCCUGGGCUGGUGAACUAUCUGAGCCACACGUUGCUGGAGGUGGUUCUUCCAGUCCACGCUCCGCAGAAUGACAUCUCCAGUGAAUCCAAGCCUCGAGAGUAUCCGCGGCCCAAUUUUUGUUGGGAGGCUUACAAGAUGCACCUGGCGAUGAUUGGUCCAAGCUCCACCUGCAAGAAACAAUUUCUGGAGUUUAUGCCUCGCAUCGCGCACAUUUUCAAAGGCACCUCCACGAAGCUGGCCCCGGGCCGCGAGGCUGUGCCGUACCACUUCUUGGACAGUGACCUGCACAGGGUGGUUCUGUGGGACUUACCAGAGAUCAAGUUCAAGCAGAAUGCCGAGGACUACGUCCGUGAGUUGGGAUUGCUGUACAUUGACUGCGUCUUCAUGCUUUUCUCUGAGAAGUAUGUGCUCACAGACAUCUACUGCAAGCUCUGCGUAGCGAUGGCCUUGCAUGGCAUUCCCUUCUUCGUCCUCUGCACUCAGAGCGAGGAUGGUAUGGAUGAAAAAGCCGUAAGAAGGCUUCAAAGUUCUUUCCAGGCCCAAUCUGUGCAAGUCCGAAUGUUCAAUCCGGCCAAGCCACACGAAACCUUGGAGCCGUUGAUCAAUGACUUCUUCAAAGAGGUCUCUUGGAACAGGAGCAAGGGCGCCAACAGUGACCGCGUGAAAAAUGCCAGUGAGGCAGUGCUGGGUCAGACGGUGCGCAUCAAAAAUCUGGAGAAAAAGGCGGAGUUGAACGGCAGGUGUGGUGUAUGCAUCGGUUUUGAGAAGGACCAGGAUCGCUACAUCGUUCGUCUCAUCACUGGUGGAGUCGAAAGUGAUGUUGCGCUGAGGGAUCAGAACUUCAGCAUCUUGAAGCCAAAGCUUCGGGGCGCCUUGGUGCAAGUGCAGGGGCUUCAGUCCAAGCCAGAGCUCAAUGGCCGUUACGGCUUUGUGGAUGAGUUCCUGCGCGAGAACGAGCGCUACCGCGUCUUUCUUCCUGAUAGACCUGGGACUGCUUUGACGAUGGCUUUGAAGUCCGAAAACCUGGAGAAGGUGACCUCAACAAAUGCCAAGCCCAUAGCGGCGAACGGCACGGUGGAGGCCAGCAAGAGCUUCAGCCCAGCAGCGCGAGCAGCUCCAAAGGCAGCAAACAAUGGCACAACAUCGAGCAAUGGUACAUCAGCAAGCAACGGCGCGACGAGGUCUGCUCCGAAGGAGCCCAAAGAGGCUCCUAAGGCUAAAGCGCCAGCGCCGGCCACGGUACCAUCCACAGCGGCCACAGCGCCGGCCGCGGCACCGGAGAAGACGAAGGAAGAUGAGGACGUGUCCGCGUUUUUGCCCAAGGUGGGCGCUGCGGACGACGAAGGCAGCGAUGACCUCAUGUCCCGCAUCUUCGCGGCAGAGGCAGAGGCAGAGGCAGCUGCAGAUCCGCCGCGGAAAGCUUCGGCGGCUUCAACGGCGCCGGCACCUGCACCUGAGAAGACACGCGUGCGCAGGCUUCAGCUCUCUCUUCCGGGGCUCCUGGGACUGCGUGUUUGGGCGGUCAUUGGCGAUUCCCCGGAAGCUGAAGACAUCAGCGACCACCUCAUGGAGUGCGGCAAGACCGUCUUCGAUGUUAGCUCCACGGGCACUUUUGCCUCCACAGUUCGAACCCCAAUGCUGAGAAAAAGAAGGGUGCAGUAA